AUGAGUAAUGGAUUUCCUUUAAACAAAUAUAUGAACUUCUUGAGGGAACAAUAUCCGAAGGGGGGUUGUCCAAGGGAAGAGACUGAAGGAAAAUUGAGACUAUGUAAAAUAAGGAAAGAGUCUUAUAAUCACGACUCACCAGAAUUCUGGAAAAGACCUUAUGAAACAACAGGGAGGAAUAAGGAUGUUGACAGAAUAAUAAGGGCAAGUGGUAGUAUCUGUAGAGCUAUGGAGCAAUGGACAAUAAAUUUGGAAGCCAUCAAAGAGUCCAAUAAUGAGUUCAAGCAAAAGGAAGGUUGUGAUAUAGAUGGAAUGGGCGAGAGAUUGAGUGGAGGGGGAGAAAAGGGAACCUGCCAGCAUCGAGCACGGGGGGGACACUGGGCAUCAUAUAGUCAAAGCAGUGGUUUAUUAUCGGAUGAGAUUUCUGGGAGGAAUUUAAGGGUUUGUCAGGAUAUAGUUGAAGUGAUAAUAAGUGCUUAUAAGUUCACAACCCCUAAGAGAUUAUGGGAAAGAGAAAAAAUAGACGAAGGGGACCGUUGUGAAAUCGUAUAUCAGAAGUUGAGAGAAUGGGGUGGACAGGAUAUUGCCGAACUGAUCAUGGACCAUUGGUAUACCUCUGGGAGCAGUUUGACAAUCAGUUCCGAGUCGUAUAAGUUCCAGGGGAAAGAUUUCUUUGAGUUAAUCCAGGAGAUUCUCUGGGGUACUAAUGAGGGGGAAAAAGAACUAGGAUGUAGGAGGUGUGAACGUAACGAGGGGGAAAUAGAGGUUACCAGUAAGGUAUGGUGUGAGACGCAGUUACAAGAGGAGUUAGGGACAGAUAAAUUACCGGGAAAAGAGGAAGGAGGAGCUGAGUCAGGCACGCUGGAUGAAUAUCAGAGGGCGUCCAAACCGGUAACAGACAAAGGACGAAAAUCCCACAUGGAGGAUAUAGACGUAUUAAGAGUCCAAGCCGGGGGGGAAAGGGGCUCCCGAGAUAACGAGCAGGGAGUCAAUUCAGCGGCAAGUGGGUUGUUUCAGCUACCAUCAAAGAUCGCUCCCGGGUCUUCUAAAGGAAAAGGGACGUUAUUAUCAGGUCUGAUAGGAGGGGGAGUAUCGUUUAUUUUAGGAGUUAUCGCGACAUAUGGUGUCUAUAGGAUCUUUAGUGGUCCGAGGAGGCGGGGGAGGGAUGCUAAAAUACAAGACGGCCCGCCGUCUAUAGCCUAUGGAGUCUUAAGGGGGGAGAGGACUGAUGUUGUGUUGAACCAGGAUAUUCGUUAA